GACAUGCCUUUUAUGUUCCUCCUCGGCUCGUUCUGUUGCUUGAUUAAGCUCCAAAUAAAUGUAUUUUAUAACUGAAAUCUUCAAUCUGCUGCUGUUAAACAGAUGUGUGCACGGAUCGAUGUCGUAAAUAAGCGAUGUUGACAAACCAUGACAUCAGUGCAGCGAAAAGUAGUGCUGUUCGCUUUCAUACACUCCUUUUUAUUCACGGUCGCUUUGUGUAGACACUCAAGAACAGACAUUGUUGAUGAGCAGGGCACUGAAGUGGAGACCCAGAGCUUGAACGGAAAAUGGAUACUGCGCAACAAUAACAGUUCGUUCAACCUACCGGCAGAAGUACCAGGAUGCGUCCACACUGCCCUACAGAAACAGAACUUAAUUCAGGACCCCUACUAUAGGUUCAAUGAUCUUGACUACAGAUGGAUUUCUCUAGAAAACUGGACGUACAGUCUUACAUUCACAGUACCACAUGCAACCAGACGGAUGAAGAGAGUAGUUUUGGUGUUUGAUGGAGUUGACACAGUGUCCACCAUCACCCUCAAUGGAGUCACCAUUGGCACCACAAAUAACAUGUUUCGGUCAUAUGAGUUUGCGGUUGGAGGUCUCCUGGUGGCGAAUGACAAUAUUUUAGUGGUGAGUUUUAUGUCAGCAGUGACCUACGCAGCACAGAGAGAUCGUGCCCAUUCUGCGUACAAAGUCCCGCCUGCAUGCCCUCCCCUGGUGCAGAAAGGAGAGUGCCAUGUCAACUUUAUCAGAAAGGCCCAGUGUUCUUUCAGCUGGGACUGGGGUCCUUCAUUUCCAACACAGGGUCUGAGAGGUGUCGAGCUGCAAGCCUUUAACUUCAUCAGAUUGCAGAGUUCCACAGCCAGCACUGUGUGGGAUUCUUCUCUCUCAUGCUGGAAUGUGGAGGUAGAGUUGUCCUUUGAUGUUGUCGUGGCAACAGAUGGGUGUUUUACAUUGGUGCUGCCAGAGCUGAAGUUGUUUCAGAAGUUCCAGCUGUCAAUCAAACCAGACCAACCAAGGCAGUCCCUCCAUCUUCAGAUUCCUUCAAAUGUCUCUGUGGACCUGUGGUGGCCGAAUGGUCAUGGACAGCAGACUCAAUAUCUUCUAUUCAUGGAAGGCAGAACAGAAUCCAGGGUCACUUUCCACACUGAGACAAAGGUGGCAUUCAGAACAGUGGAGCUGGUACAGGAGCCCAUCCCUUCCUCCCCAGGCUUGAGUUUCUACUUCCGGGUCAAUGGGCGACCGAUCUUCCUGAAGGGUUCCAACUGGAUCCCUGCACAUGCCUUUCAGGACUUAGUGACUUCUGAUACGCUGAGGAACCUUCUACAGUCGGCUGUAGAUGCGAACAUGAACGCACUGAGAGUUUGGGGAGGCGGAGUCUACGAACAGGACACAUUCUAUAGCCUGUGUGAUGAGCUGGGCAUCAUGGUGUGGCAAGAUUUUAUGUUUGCCUGUGCUCUGUAUCCAACGGAACAGGACUUCAUUGAGACAGUGAGGGAGGAGGUUGUCCAGCAGGUCAGGCGGUUGAAGUCUCACCCAUCUAUCAUUGUGUGGAGUGGCAAUAAUGAGAAUGAGGCUGCCAUAGCAACUGACUGGUUUGGCAUUCCUGUUGCGGAGCGACCAAGAUAUGUGAAGGACUACGUGACCCUCUAUGUGGAAAACAUCCGUGCUAUUGUAAAAAAGGAGGAUUCCACCCGGCCCUUCCUGGUUUCAAGCCCCACAAAUGGGGCAGAGUCUGAGAAGGAGGGCUUCGUCGCCCAUAACCCCUACGACCCUCACUACGGUGACACUCACUUCUACAGCUAUUUGAGUGACUGCUGGGACUGGAGGCAGUUCCCGCGCACGCGCUUUGCCUCGGAGUAUGGCUUUCAGUCCUGGCCUUCCUUUUCUACUCUUAGCAAGGUCUCCAAACCUGAUGAUUGGGACUACAGCAGCAGUUUCUCAGAGCACAGGCAGCACCAUGAGCUGGGGAACUCACAGAUGCUCCUCCAGGCAGCGCUGCAUUACAUACUGCCCAACAGCACCGAUGCUCUGAAGCUCUACAGGGACAGCCUCUACAUCACACAAGUGAUGCAGGCUCAGUGUAUAAAAAUGCAGACGGAGUUCUACAGACGCAGCCGCUCAGAGAUCAUCAACGGCGAGGGGAACACCAUGGGCGCCCUCUACUGGCAGCUCAAUGACAUCUGGCAGGGGCCAUCUUGGUCCUCAAUUGAAUUUGGUGGUAAGUGGAAGAUGCUCCAUCAUCUGGCUGUAGACUUUUUCUCCCCAGUCUUAGCAGUGGGCUUUGAAGAAAACGAAACACUCAAGAUCUACGGCGUCUCAGACCUCAGCACUGACCUUAACCUCACUGUCACCGUUACAGUCUAUCAGUGGAGCAGUCUGACUCCUGUGUGCACUCUGGUGUCUGACCCGUGUAUGCUGAAGGGGGGUGUGGCCAUGCUGAUGAUGCAAUAUUCUGUUCCCGCCCUGUUGAGGGACUGUGGGAAAUGCAGCCGCCACUCCUGUUUGGUGACCUUCGACCUCCGUGAAUCUGCUAACCCCAACAGCCAGCACGGCCCUACCAGUCACCUGUUCCUCACCUCACUAAAGGAUUCAGGACUGCUGCCAGUCAACAUCAAAGCAUCAGUGGAGCGUGAUGGGGAUGUGUUUGCUUUCACCCUUCAGUGUGACGUUGUUGCAGUGUUUGUGUGGUUGGAUGUUGAAGACAUCGCAGGGCGCUUUGAAUCUAAUGGCUUCCUGCUGUUGUCACAGAAACUAACUGUGCGCUUCCAUCCCUGGAGGCCAACCACUGUUGAGGAGCUGUUGAAAAAGCUCCACAUCACUUCAUUGCGAGAUGUUUACUGAGUGUGUGUGUGUGUGUUUGUUAUAAUGAAUGUAAUUUCUGAUUUGUUAAAUAAAAGAUUAUAAACACCCAAA